GAAUGAAUUAUAUAUUUUUAGUUAUUUUAUGUAUUUAUUCCUGGAUAUCAGUUGUAUUCAAUCUUUUUUUGAAUUAAUCAUUCUUUAGCACUAUUGUGGAAGACAAAGAUGUUUUCAUUAAUUUCCAAAAUAGUAGGAUACUUUUUUGGAGAUUCACCAUCAGAAAAAUCUACCAAUUCUUCAAAUCAAAGUUACUUGAACCAAACUGAUGACUUUUCAUAUCUUGAUGCUCCAUUCUUAACCACUGCAAAAGAAAAUGUAAAGAUUCAAGCCUUGAAUGGAAAAAUUACUCAUUUAUUUGAAGGUCAUGGACUUAUAAAUGGUGACAUUUAUUUCUCAUCUGGAAAUUUUCAGAGAGGAGAACAAAUAGAGGUUUGUAAAGUGAAUUAAUUUUUUCCAUUAUCAUUAUUAGAAACUAGGACGAUUUUAAAUUGAAUUUAAUGGUCAAUAAACUUACUAACUCCUUUCACAAUCUUUUUUUUUUCUCCAUGGAUAAAUGGUAGAUUGCUUGGUUGUAAAUUGUAUGUUAAAUUUUUUAUUUCAUUAACCCGUCAUAGCUCUGCUGAUCCUAGAGAGCUGUAAUUUAAUAAAUAGGAACCAAAGCGCAGUGAAAAACUUGAAAAAAGAAAAACAAAAAGAUGAUUGUGUCGACCAAGAAACCUCUUCAGCAAACAAAAACAGUACUAGUAAUGAAUUUAAACGGAUUUAUUUUAUUCUGUAUGAAGUCCAAUAGAUAAUUUGGUAAUUUGAUAAUUUACAGAGAUUUUAAAUCUGUCAAAGGUUAGUUGGACCAAUGGACAUCAUUUUUAAAAAAAACAAGGCAUUUUAAUAGUCAUUUAAAAAAGGGAGUUAAUACUUUGCAGGUUGGUGAUAAUGUAGAAGUGAAAGCAGUCCAACAUACGGAAGAUGGUGGCUGGUAUGCUGAAGAUUUAAAAGUCACUAAUAAUGAUUGGAGCGGAAAAGUCCAAGAUGAUCCUGAGGAAAUUGAUAUCAGUGUACUUCAGAGCCAAGUGGUGAUGGGCAAAGUCACUUCCAUCAACAAUGUUGCUGGGAAAAUCAAUAAAGAUAUUGACUUUGACAUAAGCGAUUGCAAAGAUGAAUAUCUGCCUAUGAGAGGUGACUGGGUGUCUGCAAAUGUGAAGGAGUUUGAUAAACAGCUUGGUGAGUGUGAUAUCCCAACAAAAAGGUGGGGAGUUGGUAAUAGAGUAAACUAAAUUUUUUAAAAGUUGCCCAUCAAUAAUAUACAACUUUAUCUAUGUUUGAAUUUUUAUAAAGUUUGAAGCAUACAUUUUUUUUAUUUUAAGCAAAACAAUAUGUACUAAUUAAUAUAUGUAAGCAGAAUUAUGCCACAAGCAUAUUAAAAAAAGAAUUACAUUAGAAACGGGUAAUCUUUUGAAUGAAAUAAUAAGGCUUCCACUGUAUUAGUAGUAUUCAAUUUCGGCUGCAAUAAAAAAUAUGCUCUUUGUACCAUGAAUCAGAAACUAUUAUUAUAUAAAAUUUACAAACAAUCCUCCUUUUUUUUUAAACAGAUGUUGUAGAUGAUUGGAGCAGUAUGUCUGUCAUCAAAGUAAAGCGUGCUUUUAAUAUCAGUCCAUCAAGGCAAUGCAUCACAGAAGGUGUUGUUUCAGCUGUAAUGCAAGACCACGGCUACAUUGAAGAAAAAGUGGGUGAAAGGCAUAAAAGGAUAACUUAAUGGAGAUAAUAAAAAAAUAACCUUUAAACAGAUAAAUCUGCACCAGUUGGCUUUAAUCCAUUAAAUAUGUUGAUUUUGUUUUAAAAAAUGGAGCACAUCAUCAAGCUUAGACUCUGUUUAUUUUAGUCAUGUAUGUCUGGGCACAAAAUUGUAUAUGUAGAAAAAAAGAGCAAAUUUUAUUAUGGCUUACCUAAUUACAAUAUUGCGACUACACAACAGAAAUAUAAAUUAAUCAAAUAUAAAUAGUUUAACUAUUUAAGAGAAAUCCAUAAACUAAAGAGAGAGAAAAAGUUACAUUAAUAUGAUUUUACUCAAUAGUUGUUUUAAAUUUUCUUUAGAAAAAGUUACAUUAAUAAGAUUUUACUCAAUAGUUGUUUUAAAUUUUCUUUAGGGCUUGUAUAAUUAUUGAUCCAGACCUGUUAACACCUAAGCUUUCUCCGUAGUAACUACAAGCUUAAGACUACGAGGAGCCUAAAAUACCCUAUGGUUUCUGGAGUUUUUUCGUUUGUUCGGUUUAUUUUUAAUAAAAAAAUUCAUAAUUGGGGUGUUUCAGUAAAAAGUUUCCGCACCGUAAGAAAUCAACCCCCCCCCCCCUUCCCAGCCACGCUAACAGACCAAACUAUUCUUUGGAACUUGAAAGUAUGAUUUUGAGAACUGAAAACGACUCUGACCCUAGCCCGGGGGUAAACAGGUCUGUUAAUCUAAUGAAUUUUAUCUCUGAAUGUUAUCUGUGUGUAAUCAGACUUUUCCUUUGUAUUUAUUUUAUUCUUUCACCAUAUUGAUCAUGAGGUUACUUAAUGCUGAUAAAAUAGAUAAUAAUAAACAGAUAAAAUUAAUAUUCCGUAUUAGAAGGUGUCUUUUCACUGCAGAUAUAUUUUGACAAGACUGCCUGCUUAAAUGGAUACUGGCCAAAAAGGCAGGAUGUUGUCAAAGUUGUUGCUGUAGAAAACUCUCGGGGUAAAACCUGUGAAUGGAGGGCGCUCAGUUUGGUGCCAUUGUCCAGUGAGUCACAAGUUUACAGGUCAGUUUUCAUGGUUGUACUGUAAUAGACUUUUAAAGUGCUUAUUUUAUAAUAAUGUUUAUAAUGAUGUUUAUUUUGGUAACCUGCUGGUUUUUGUAGACGUUAUUUUAAAAAAAUAUUUUGUUAGCAUUGUUCAGAUUUUAAUUUUAAAUCAGUAAACAUGCAAAAUUUAUUUCUCAUUGAGUAUGAUAACUAAAAGCUGACAUAUUUUUUAUUUUUAGAUCUUUUUGCAAAUUUAAAAAAACUUGUCUGAUGAUAUGUUGAAGUUAUAUUAUUAUGGAACAUUUUACAUGUCAUCGUUACACCAUUUAGUAGAAGAAGAAAUCCUUUGAUAAUAAAUUAAUGCAUGGAAAUAUCAAGUAGAAAAUAUAAUUUCUUACCAGGUUCUGUAUUAAAUGUUAGGAAAUGGUAUGUUAAAAUUAGAAUGCAAGUAUUCUGGUAAGACUUUUGAAAAAUUAUUUCUAUUGUUGAAGAUCAAGGCAGUAUAGAGAACCUGCUAGGAAUGUCAACAGUACAUGGCUGGUUCCUGGCCAGCGACCUAGAAGGUGAGAAAAAAAAUAACGCUUUACUGGUAAAAUCCCUGCUCACAUUAUUCCUCUUAUAAAGAGAGCGUAAUUUUAUAUACGAAGGUUAUUUUCAUUAAAAAAAUUUAGUAUUUUUUAAAGUAUUCUAUAUUUUUAAAUCGUACAAUUGGCAGAAAAAUUAAAAAUAAUUAAAAAUCUAAAGAUUGUAAUAGUUUUGAUUUGUUUUUAGAGUUUGAGAAACAUGUGACUUGACUCAGUGAGAGUCGCCAUCUUGGGCACAUUUUUGUUAGACGCAAAACAAUGUCACAGUGCAAUCGCUAUGAAAAUGAAUAUUACUGAUUGAAAAUAUUGAUCACUUUCUAUCUGAAUCUUCUGAGGAGGAUAAUUGUGAACCAGAAUCAAGUGUUUAUGAUUCAUAUUUUGAUGAUAAUUAUCCAUUGAAGUCGUGAAUACCAGAAGGUUAGAUUUAAAGUUUUUCAUCAUUCUAUGUUUUUUCUGAGUUAUUUUUACAAUUUUUAUUAAUGGAUUGGUUAAAUUUCUUUUUUUAAGAAUAUUAAAAUAUUUACAGCUCAUUUAAAAAAUGAAAUUUCUUUAAAAAGUGCUUCAUUUUAUAAUGUGCGCAUAUUUUAUUACAUUAGGUAAUAGUGAAAUUGUCAUUAUUAGCAACUGCUACUACAAUGUAAACAAUGCAUCGGAAGGUACAUAUGAUAUAUUUCAUCAUAAAGAAUAUGAAAUUUGCCAUCUGUUUGUGUUGUAAAUAUAAAAUAUUCAAUGAUGGUGUUUUUUAAAAAGUCCUAAUUGUAUUUAUACUAUUUGGAUCUAUGAAAACUGGAAAUGCAAGUAAAGUCAAGAUUAGUAGUCAUAGGCCAAUAAAUGUAUUACCGUAUUCAUUUCAUCGCUCAAAGUAGUGUAUAUAAAAUUAGUUUUUCCUUUACAUUCACAGGUUAAAAUCAUCUGUUGUAAAAGAUGAUGACCCACCAGUUUCCAAUCCUAAGUUUCUCCCAGCCAGAAAGCCAAGCUUACAUCUGAUGGAAGAAAUGUCAAGAUGGAUACAGUGAGGCAGUUUAUUCAUCCUAAAGAUUUUUCAAGAUAUUUUUCAAACUGGAUUUGGUUGAAGUUGAAGCAUUUAUAAAAUACACCAGCUGUUCAUCUACCAUGGGACCUUCCAAACCUUUCCAUUAAAAGAGUUUAUAUUUCAAUAGAUGAAUUUUACAAACUUCUUUGAUUUCUAAUGUACAUAGCAACUGCAGAUCUGCUUCUUACUGUUAUGAUUUUGGCACACAAUGUACGAUUUUGAUAUGUUUUUUACAAUUGUAUGCUAACACCUGACAGAGCUACGAUUUUAUGACGCUUGGUUAGAAAAGUACAUUCCUGUGAAUUUUACGAUUUAAAAAUGUUUUGUUUUAAAAGUAAAAAUAUGUUUUUGCUUGUUAGUUUUUGCUUCUUUAUACACCUGGCGGCGAAUGGACCGAGAAAUACGAUUGGCUGGGGACCAUCCAUAAUUAUAUUAUGUACACAUUGAGAGAGGAAAGGGGGUGGUGUUGACUUGGAAGUGGACGGGUGUGCAUGAUAAGUGUAGUGGCUGGUGUCUAAAUAUUUUUAAAGGCUGCAAAAUAACACCACCACAUUUUGUAAUAAUUGUCAAAUUGUUGUUUUGUGUUUUCACAAUGAACACACUAGAGACAGCAGCAGUAAUAUUAAGAGUGACAAAUUUUGUAAACAUUCGCUUUUGUUUGCUUCAGUGUUGUAUGAUGUAAUUUUAUGACUUAAUUAUUUAGUUCUUCAGCUGAACAGCUGCGAUUGCGAAUAGGGAGAAAACUACGGAUAUUAAAAUUUAAAAAAGUCCAUUUUCAACUGUUCCACACAGCAUGUUUUAGAUUUUGAUAUAUUUUUUUAAGAUCUAAUAAUCAUCAUUUGAAAUAUAUUGUUAGAAGUCGCUAAGCAGCUGCACAAUUUUAAUAGACCAGCAAUCCUCUUCCCACAGCUAGCGGUAGUUUUUAGACUACAAUAUGUUAACGCAAAAUAAAAUAUGGCUCCUAGGCUUAAUGCAGCGGUGGGCAACUCGCGGCCCGCCAUGUUAAAUAUUGUGGCCUGCUGGACACAUCACAAAUGAACUUAUUUCUUCAUUCAAUUAGUGAUUAUUUUUAUUUUGGCAUAAGGCAUAAGCUCACAUUUGAAAUAUUCAUAAAUCAUUUGUUUUGUGAUGGUGUUAGGGUUAUUUCAGUGCUCCCACCUCUUUUUUGGGCUGAUUUAAAAAAAUAGAUUGAAAUAAGUAAUGAAUUAUAAAACAGUUUUAUUAUUUACUAUCUUCAUCACAGACAUCUAAGAUCAGCUUGAUCAGGGUGAAUUCUUUCUCUUAAAGUUAGGACAGAAGGAUAUAAAAAUUAUUUUGUUCCCCAGUCUGUAUGAGUUUACCAGCGUGCUUCCCCAGCAGUUACCCAAAACUAUAUGAUCACUAAUUAAACAUUACUGUCCCUGAAGGAGUUCAUUGAUGGCUGAUUUCUACGCUGGAAAAAUACUUUAGAUGUCUUGUGUUAAAAUUGUUAUGAUUGUAAAAUGUUGUCUUGGUUUUAAUUUGUUAUGUAUUUAUUUAUUUUCUGGAUCUGUAAAAUGUAUUAAAAAAAACAUUUCUAUUUAUUUUGAACAAUAAAGAAUCUUAUCUUAACUUAUCUAAAAUAAAAAGGAUUUAUAUAAACACAACAAGUAAGGGGAACCUAAGUUUCCACAAACAUUAUGAUUUAUUGUAGAAUGAUUCGAAACUAUAUUUAGGUAAAGACAAAAGUGCAUCCCUGCAUUUUGAAUUAAUACAAAAUUUAUGGGAAGUGUGCACAUUGUCCAUCCCAAACCUCUCCCCCACUUUUGCUCGGGUGACUUUGGCGGGUGUCCUUAAUUUCCGCUUCCCCACCACAUCUUUGUCCAUCAAAGUGGGGAAUGACGGGCACCUUAGUAUUUGCAAUAAUCCACUGUAUAUGAAUACAUAGAUGUCAGUCUUCUACUUUGAGAAGUGAUCUUCAUAAACAGGCUGUGCCAAUAGUUAUUGAAUACAUUAUAUUGUAUGUUUAUUUAUUUACUGUUACAUUACGGUAUUGUAAUCUUAAUAAUAAUACAUGUACAGAAACUAAUGUUGCCUACCUCUCAAUAUUAGUUUGAAAAUACGCCAACCAGUUGUUCUUUUUUUCCCCAUUAACCUCAUGUAAAUAUUUGACACAACGUUUCUGCUUGUCUGACAAAUUUAUUGAUGAAAGUUUUAAACAAAUCUUACCUUCAGAUUUCCUCACCAAGUCCAACUCCCAGUAAAACUUCCAUACUUGAAAGUGCCAGUGGAGCUUGAAAGGGCAGUGCUGGAUGGGGAAGAGUUGACCACACUAGCACCUUAUCUCAUGCAGGUAAAAUACUCAUUUGGCUUCAAAUAGGGAAAACAUUUAGAAAGAUUAUUCAGAUUUAAAAACCACCCAAUUUAAGCACCAUGCCCAUGACACCAUGCCCAUAACACCAUGCCCAUAACACCAUACCCAUAACACCAUGCCCAUAACACCAUGCACAUAACACCAUACCCAUAACACCAUGCCCAUAACACCAUGCCCAUAACACCAUGCACAUAACACCAUGCCCAUAAUACCAUGCCCAUAAUACCAUGCCCAUAACACCAUGCCUUGUUAGUCUUAAUCUUACACUGCAUGAACUAUGAUGAACAUACUGAAUGACAUUGAGUAAUAAUAACACAGCAGAAAUUUAAAGAAUAAAUUGCUAGGUCAGAUGCUAAUUCUAGUGGUGAAAAACCAUAAGACCAUUUGCUCUUUAAAUGACUUACAAAUAUAUUACUCAUAAACAGAGGACCUGAAUUGAAAAAAAUUGUUAAAAAUUUGUUAUUAAAUUAACUUGUAUGUUCUAAUAUGGACUCCAUAAGUUUUCUGCCUGUUUCGGUUGAAGUCUUAAAUUUUGUAUUUACUGAUACAAAAUAAACUUUUGCACAUAAGAGAGGUGACAAAGAGAUUUACAGAUAAUUAGACUAAGGUCAAGGUUGAUAUUGAUCUUACAAACUUGAACACUUUUCGCAACAACACAUUGAAAUGCUUGACAAUUUUUCAGAACUAUUCGUGCUUGCUAGGAAAGGUUUGUACCCACAUUUUGGAAGAAUGAAAAGGCUUUUUUUAAGUGUUGUGUCUCUAUGUUUAAGGUGAUUUUAGAGCUAUCUUUCUGUAUAAAAGGUGAUUGUGGGGCUAUCUUUCUGUUUUAAAGGUGAUUGUGGAGCUAUCUUUCUGUUUUAAAGGUGAUUGUGGAGCUAUCUUUCUGUUUUAAAGGUGAUUGUGGAGCUAUCUUUCUGUAUUAAAGGUGAUUGUGGAGCUAUCUUUCUGUAUUAAAGGUGAUUGUGGAGCUAUCUUUCUGUUUUAAAGGUGAUUGUGGAGCUAUCUUUCUGUUUUAAAGGUGAUUGUGGAGCUAUCUUUCUAUAUUAAAGGUGAUUGUGGAGCUAUCUUUCUGUAUUGAAGGUGAUUGUGGAGCUAUCUUUCUGUAUUAAAGGUGAUUGUGGAGCUAUCUUUCUGUUUUAAAGGUGAUUGUGGAGCUAUCUUUCUGUUUUAAAGGUGAUUGUGGAGUUAUCUUUCUGUAUUAAUGGUGAUUGUGGAGCCAUCUUUCUAUAUUAAAGGUGAUUGUGGAGCUAUAUUUCUAUAUUAAAGGUGAUUGAGGAGCUAUCUUUCUGUAUUAAAGGUGAUUGUGGAGCUAUCUUUCUGUAUUAAAGAAGGCAUUUGCCCAAAAAAGGGUUUUGUAAGCAGCACCCUGGGGCUCUGAACGGGAUUAGGUAGUACAUCAUCUUGUAACCCAGUUGUCUGAUUAUGUUCAUAAACGCAUAAUUCUGAUGAGUCUGUACUCCAAUAUUUUAAAAGUCUAGGUUGUAGUUUUUGACCAACAUCUUUAUCAAGGCAGCCUAGAAACAACUAAACCAUCUUUGUAAAAAAAAUGUAUUGGACCCUUGGACUUGGUAAAUUGAGUCAUCAGGCCUGUGUAUUUCUUAAAUGUUAUUCAGCUUUUUAAAACAAUUCUUUUAAAACCUUCAUCGUGUAAGACAAAGAAAUUAUGUCAUUGGAACAUUUAAAUUUUAAAAAAAAACACAUUUCAGGAGCUGACUUUCAAAAACUAUGUCAGGCGAAUGUCAACAUUGGUCCACCUUGAAGAGAUUCAAAUGCAGCUGGACAUCAGAGAGUUUGACCUCACACGGGUAACAUUGCCUGAAUAUAAAUGUUACAAUUCUCUGGACGCCUCUGUUAAAAUUUUUGUUACGCCCCUGAUUUUUAUUUUUUUUGCAGCUGUUACUAAUCUUGUAAAUGUGCAGCUAUUUUUUUUUUUUGCAUAAACAGCCAACAGCUGAUCCCAUACAAAAGUAACCAUUGACUUUAGUGAUUGAGGUUUUUCACUCUGGGUUUAUUUCCUUCCUAAAAUUAGCCAAACUUUAUAGGGUAAUGAAUUUAUUCAUCCAAUCUGCUAUGCACACAAAUAUGGGGAGAACCCGUAAAUGCCACCCGGUUGGGCAAAGCUUUUUUGUUGUACCCUUCCAUGAAAAAAACUUAGAAGUUUGCCAAAAAUACUGCCCAUCAAUUUAAGGAAAAAAUUCCACCUCCUUCCCACCCCAUUCCUAUGCCACUUGGAGGAACCCAGAUAAAUUUUGUUCUGUCUACAUGUUGGUCAAAAGGCAGGCAAUGUCACCACAUGGCUUAACCUUUUAUGAAAAUUAAUGAAGAUAUUGUGAUGUUUUAUAACUAAAAAUAUUUAGGACUUGCAUCUGCUGCCCAAAGGAUAGCUAGUUAGUAGGAAACGACUGAUAAGCAAAUUUCUACUGAUUUUCAUCUUUGGGUAUUGCUUUAAGUUAAAAUGCUAUGUCCAAUAUUUGUGAACUGUUUCUAAUUCAUUGUUGUACAGCUUUCACUGACUUGAAAGGCAGCACUCUGGAGGAUUACAUACUAUGAAAAUAAAGUUUUGAAACAAAAAAAUUAAAUAAAAGCUUUUUCUAGUAAAGUUUUAUUUAUAGCACUGCUAUCAGAAUUUCUAAAAAGUGCUCUUAUGUAAUCAGUAAUUCCUGUAUUGUAGAAUUAACAAGAUGACCCGAUGAACACUUGCAAAAUGUAAGCCUAAGUCUUUCUACAAAAAUUAAAUUAAUUUUUUUUAUAUUUAUAGAAAAUUGUGACGUGCGAGAUCAUUAGCUGAUAGUCAACAUAUAACCUUUUGAAAAACUUGGACACAAGGUUUUAAGAAUUUUUGCCAGUGCAACUUUUGGCUUGGUGCUGUAUCUGAUUGUGAAAUGAAUUAAUUUCAAUCAUUUAAAUGUAUAUGUGAAGCAGUUGGUCCAGACAUUACAGAAAAAUCACCUAUUAAUAGAAAACUUGCACUAUUUGGAGGAUUUUGAUUUUUUAAUUAAAAUAAAACUUGUUUCAACCUUCUUACUAUUUUAAUGUUAUAAAGUAUUUCAAACUUUGACAAAAAAUUGAAACAAUACAUAAUAGUAACUUGUAAAAAAACAAACAAUGAAAACCUAUAUAUUGAAAAACAAUUGUUUCCAUAGAAAAAACCCAGAAUAAUCAAUAAUAUCAAUUUUUUUUUUCAGGUUUGUCUCCAGUCAGCAGGUGAGUACCUGGCCUUAACUGUACCAGGAUUAGCAGAGGGUAGACCAUCUGUUCUCAUUGGUGACAAAAUUUUACUGUCAAGUCCCUCUGAUUUAGAAGGUCCAAGCUAUGAGGGCUUUGUUCAUGAAGUGAGUGAAAUUGUUUAUCUUUAAUUUAUGUCUGGCAAAUUAUUCUGGUGCCAAGUAAGCAAGGCAUUCAAUAUAUUCCAUCAAAUGUUCUUUCAAUGAACUAAUAUCCAUAUUUUAAAACAUUUUUUUAAAUUAAAAUUUAUCAUUAAAUAUAAUCAGUACUUCAAUUAAUUUUUUGUAGGUGAAAUAAUUCUAAUUAAAGAAGUUGAUAAAAGAAACUUUCCCUUAUCUUGUUUUUAAAAUACCUUAUUUGUCUACCCCUUACCAUGCCCUUCCUAAAACAUGCACAUAUUUUGACUAAAUUAUGUUUUUAAAAUGCAGUCGAACCCACUUACCUCGACCUCGGUUAACACCCAAACCCUGUUAAGUCGAUAUUUUGGAAGUGGAACCGGCAAAUUCUCUCUUUGUCUCAGUCUUAGCAUUUUAUCCAUGGUUAUGUCGAUUCUUUUAUGUCGCCAAACCCUGAUAUCUCGAGCACAAAAGGCGACCAAAUUUGCCACUUAACCUCGGUUAUCUCUAUCCCCAUGACCAAUCGCUGGCUUUUGAAAAUUAUAUACAACAGAAACAUGCCUACUUCAAACUGUAGUAAUUGAAAUGAAAUGACAAUAUCGUCUGCGCAAUUAACUUGACACAGCAAGAAGCGAGGAGCGAGAGGCUUGCAAACAAAAGAGAGAAGUCACAGUACCUGUUCUAUUUAUAGAGAACCCUCUUAUCGCUUAAUAGGUUUUCAUAACGCUCUUCACGUUGAUUUAAAAAAAAAAAGAAACAGAAUCAGUAUUUGAAUAAACUGCACUGGUGAAUCCGGAGCGAAAGAAAAUAAAAACUUGCGAAUCUGGAGCUGAAAAAUAUUUAGCCUCACGAAUCCGGAAUUCCGGGAUAAUUUGGAAAAGUGGCGCCCCCACAUAUGCCUGUUAGAAAACAUGUAUGUACAUUUUUAUUGCAUGACGAUUGCUUCAUCAAACAAAUGACGGUAAUGCUGUUGAGUAAAAAAAAACUCCAAAAUAUUUCCGUCAUAAUGGUUUUCAUUUAUUUUGAUAAUUGGUUAUCUCAACGCUUUUUGGCAAACCCCGAGGCUGUUGAAAUAACCAGGUUCGACUGUACCUUGUGUAUCUACCCCUUGCCAUGACCUUGCUAAAACAUGAAGCCUAUUUUGAUCAUCUUCUGGGUUAAUCUUCAACUAAGAGUAAAGGGUCCCCUCCCCCUAACUGUAAAGAGCUAUUUUUUAAGUAACAUUUCAGGUCUUAAAUUCAACAUUUUUAAAUUUAUUUUUUUAAAACAACAACAUAGCUGCUACUUUUAUUUCUUCAAGACCAGUUUGUCAGCUUUGACAUGGAGUUAGCCUAAUUCUUCAUCUUAGAAUAAUAGCAGAUCAGAUCUGUUUCUCAAAAUUUGUGGAGGAAACACUUAUCUAAACUCCCAUAAUGUUCUAAUGGAUAAAUCUUAACUCUUAUGGAGAACUCUUAAGGAUUAAAUAAUUAUUUUUCAGUGCACUGGUUGCAGCUGUUCAAUUUUAUUUCCAGCUCACCUGCACUGAUGUAACAUUUCAGGUCUUAAAUUCAACAUUUUUAAAUUUAUUUUUUUAAAACAACAACAUAGCUGCUACUUUUAUUUCUUCAAGACCAGUUUGUCAGCUUUGACAUGGAGUUAGCCUAAUUCUUCAUCUUAGAAUAAUAGCAGAUCAGAUCUGUUUCUCAAAAUUUGUGGAGGAAACACUUAUCUAAACUCCCAUAAUGUUCUAAUGGAUAAAUCUUAACUCUUAUGGAGAACUCUUAAGGAUUAAAUAAUUAUUUUUCAGUGCACUGGUUGCAGCUGUUCAAUUUUAUUUCCAGCUCACCUGCACUGAUGUAUUACUCAAGUUCAAUCCAGAAUUCCAUGCUCGCUACAAUGGAGAAGAUUACAAUGUUCAGUUUACAUUUAGCAGGUAAUUACUACAAAUUUUUUUCUUUUUCUUUUUGUAAACAUGUUGACCUAGUUUUUGUGGGCAUUGCUUGUCUCCCUUAUGGUUAUGUGUCACCAAUUAACUUGGUGACACGCACUGCCACAUCCUUGAUUGGGAAAGUUUUUUUACAAUUACCAUAAGGUCUGCAUAGAGAUAUAAAAUAUUGUCUGAUGAUUGAAUUUCUAGCCUCUCUGUUCUUGAGGGUUCUGAUGCCUCACUAUAAAUAUGACGGUCGACAGUGACCGGCAGACUUACCAGACUUAAAGGAGCCCUUCAAGACUUACUAGAUUUAACUCUGUGUGGAUUAAUAUUUGUACCUUUCUAGUAUUAUACUUUUUUACUUUCUGUGCCGUAAGUCAAUUAGUUUUUAUUUUUUGUAUUUUUUAUUUUGCAUUUUGAUCUCAACUUAAUAGUGUAAUUAAAUAGAUUUUGUUAUAAUCACUAGCUGUGGAAUGGGUUUUCUUUGUAUUCUGGCUUUCAGUCCUUUGUUAUGUUUUGUUUAUCUAACAAGCCUAAUCUUAAAACAGAUUAAAUUUGCUGAACCUUAUAACAGUACGUAGCACUAUGCGUUAUAAUGCCAUACCCCUAGCAGUUGAUUAUAAUUCAUAAAUAUGGUGUGACAGAUGGGCAUAAAUCUAACAGAAAUAAUAAUAGUUUUCCAAAUGAAUUUACUUUCUAAUUGCUCUGUGUCCUUUGUGCUUUAAAAAAAAAAAAUAGAAAACCUUUCUGUAGAUGCCAGCAAGCGGCAUCAUUAGCUGUUCAAUAUUUACCAUCCAAAGGUGAGUAGGUCAACAAGCAUUUGUAUAACUGUUUUUGUUCUUAUUUUAAGUUUUCUCCUUCUAUUAGAAAAAAUUAUUCUUAACAUUGGAAGGGCUGUUAGUGAAGCAUUGUUUAUCUUAAAAGAACAUAUCAAUAAAUGGGGCAUUGUUCUGAGAAGUAAAGAAUGUAAUCAUCUGAAACUUUAAUUUAGCGCCAGUACAAUAUUUAAACAAGGCCUAUUAAUUCUCUUCUUGCACAUCACAGUUCUGUUCCCCACACAAGUUGAAAUAAAGCCUCCUCAAGUGAGCUUGGAGGAUGUCAUGCUGUCUGAGGACACUCUACUUCUGUCAUCUGAAUCACCAUUUUCACCAGGAAGUACCUCAUCUCAGACUUCAGACUAUUUUGACAAAGAUACCAGACUCAAAGUCUCUAUGUCUUCAAGUUUUAAAACUAACCAAAGAGAGAAUAUCCCACCAGGUUCACCACACACUUUCUCCAACUCCUGUGCUUCUAACCAUAAGCAAAGGAAAUUUAGAAAUGGAAAGAAGGAUUUUCAUUUCUUCAAUCCAUCUUUGAAUGAUAGACAGAAGACGGCCGUGAUGAAAGUUCUCCUGGGGCAGGCUCGGCCCAUUCCUUAUGUUAUAUUUGGCCCUCCAGGUAGUAACACCAGUGGAAGUUAUUCUCUUUACUUUUUCUUGUUUGGAGUUGAUGAAUCACUUUGAAAUAUAAUUUUAAUUAUUAUGUUGUCUGAUUCCUAUCAUCACUGAAGUUUUGCAUUAAACUGUCAGUGUUAAUUCAUCUGCUACAUCAGUCAUAAUAUUGAUCUGUUACAUCGGUCAUAAUAUCAUUGAUCUGCUACAUCAGUCAUAUUAUCAUUGAUCUGCUACAUCAGUCAUAUUAUCAUUGAUCUGCUACAUCAGUCAUAUCCUCAUUGAUCAGCUACAUCAGUCAUAUUAUCAUUGAUCAGGUACAUCAGUCAUAUUUGUUGUUGUUUUGUUACAACAGACAGUUAUUCCAAUGAAUGGCCUUAAUCCAAUGUAAGACCUAAAUUUUUUUUUGUUCCCUGAAUGAUAUUUUCCAAAAAACAAUUUGAUGGAUUCUAAGCACAUCAAAAAGUAAAUUUAAAGAAGUUCAAGUUGCCUCAUCUUUUAGAAUUUGAUUUAUAUAUUUCUUUUGUGUUAACUUCAGUACCGGGUUGCAAUAAUUUAUUUGGUUUUUGAUCUUGUCUUACAUACCACAUUUGUUUUAAUAUUUUCAUUACAAAAGUUUUUAAAAGCUCUAAAAACCCAUUUGUGAAAUGUUCAGUUGGUUAUUAUUUCAGGAACUGGGAAAACAAUUACAGUUGUUGAGGCCAUCUUGCAGAUUUUUACUCAAAUUCCAUCCAGUCGCAUCAUUGCCUGCACUCCAUCCAAUAGUGCAGCUGACCUCAUUGUGCGUUUACUAUUUUUAAUUACCGAUUGGUGCAUGAAAAUAUUUUGCACCCCAAGAUGAAUAGCACAGUAAUUUUAUUAAAAUUUUAUAAAUACUGCAGUAUAUUUAAAUAUAAAAUACUUGACUAUAUUAUUUUUCUCUUUUGUAAUAAUUAUUAAAGCUCUUUCAUUAAACUGUGGUAUGUAGGUAUUUUAAUUAUACAUUAAAAUUUUGUCUUUUCAUCUUUCUUUUACACUUGUUAAAUUUAAUUCAUUUUUGAAAUGAAUCAUUUCAACUCUAUUAUCACUUUGUCUAGGCUGAAAGACUUCAUAUGAGUCAAGUUGUGGAACAAACACAGAUGGUGCGUCUCAACGGAUUUCAAAGGUCACUUGAAGUUAGUAUGUUAUGUCAUGUCUUAUCUUAAAAAAUAGAAUUUUUUGCUGAAUACUCGACAUAAGAGUGCCAUGACAUAAGAGAUUAUUGAGAUAUGAGCCGUCAUGCGAGCGAUGUUUUUGCUUUGGGAUACAAGAAAUAUUUGAGAUAAGAGGAACUGGAUCAGCGGGUCGGCGAAAAUUAAAGCGAAAGGUUAAAAAAAUUGUACAGUGGCAUUUAAGUUCAAAUAAGUUCAGAGAAAUUUGGUUAAGUUCCAUUAAUUUUAUGGAUAAAGUGUAGCAUUAAGCGUCUAAUGAGUAAGUGAAUUAAAGUGGCCGAAAGAGUUCAGCAUUAACAGUGUAGCCAGCGAGUGAACGAAGUGAAACUCCUCCGCCUAUCUCCUCCACCUUACACCUCCGCCAGUAUCUUCCGUAAGUUCAAGUUGGCUGAUUUCCAAGGAAAAUACACUUUAUAAAACCUGUUUAUUUCUUUACAUUCUCUUUUAUUGUGUUUUUAUACAAUAUUUGUCAUCUAUAAAUACAUUUUUCUUACUCAAAAACACGUAACAAAAACAACUGAGGUGGCAUUUUGGGGGCUGGAAUGGAUUAAGGGCAUUUCUAUUAAUUUCUAUGGGGAAAAUUGCUUUGAGAUACGAGCGAAUUGACCUACGAGCAAGGUUAUGCAACGAAUUAAAUUCCUAUCUUGAGGUACCACUGUAUUUACAAAAUCCCAUGAGAAAACUUGUUACAUUGAUGACAAUUGACAGGAAAGCUCUUUUACUUUGAGGAACACCACAAACAGCAGACACCUUCAUUUACUUUUUGUUGUUACAGUCCGUACCUGAAACCAUCCUGAAAUACUGUAGAGUAGCGGAUGACAUGGAAGUGAUAUCUCAUUACCGUAUUAUUGUGAGCACUUGCACGAUGAGUGGGGAAUUCUAUGGACUCGGAGUGAGGUCUGGCCAUUUCACACAUGUCUUUAUUGAUGAAGUAAGGGAAAGUUUCUAUACAUUGUUGUAUGUGUGGCAGUUAACUUUAUUGAUUCGGAAACAUAGAUUACAAGUUUCUAAAACAGGGAUUACCGGUACAUUGAAUUAAAUAUUGGCAGUUGUAUUUUUCCUUUCAAUCUCUUCCAACUAAAUUCUUUUUUCUAGUAGUGGCUGUUGAGAUCAUUUUGUAAACUGAUAGAAUGUUUCUUAAAUCUAUCCGUCUCCAAAUAUAUACAGGUCAAUCAGAAUAAUUUCAUUAUUUUGUUGAUUUCACAGUGUGGUCAGGCUACAGAACCAGAGUGUAUGAUUCCUGUUGGACUUAUUUCAGGUGGAGAUGGCCAGGUAAUAUAUUUAUAUAUAUGGUAUCCUUCCAAUUCGCGCGACGAUGGAUUAGCUAUGGACACGUCAAAUGGCUAAUGAGGUCGGUUCUGGAAAUGGCAGUCUUGGCUUUAUGCUUUGCAGGAGAACCUUGAUAUAAGGUUAAAUUUUAAAUUUGGCCUUCCUUAAUGUUCUUUUUAUAGCAAGGGCUUUGUUUUGCGCAUCUUCUGCCUGUGUUACUCCAGAGGGAGAAAUUUUUGCCAUUUUUCCUAGACAUUUAUUUUACAAUUUGUAAUAUACUUAUAAGUUAUAAGAUUAUAGCCUACUCUUUAAUAUUUGUAUCUUUCAAGGAUUGUAAUCUUUCACUUGUUGAGCUGUAAGUUUAUAUAGAUUUUAUUUCAGUUCAUUUGAUUUUGUACUCUUUAUAUAAAUUUAAUAGUAUUUGUUAUAUUGAAUAUUGUUAAUAUCACUAGCUUUGGUAUUGUUUUUUUUUUUGUAUACUAGUUUUCAGUCGUUUGUGACGUAUUGCUCAACAAAUGGGUUAAAGCUCUUUGAAAGCAGGUUAAAUUUACAAAAAACAAUAUAAUGGUACGUAACAAUGUGCAAAAGGCAGCAGUGUCAGCUGAUGACUUUAGUCUCUGGUGGCAUCAAUUCUCCAAGAGCCAGUUUGACACAAAACAAGACAGGCACCAUCAAGCAACUAUAUUAACUUAUAGCAUACCUCAACAAAGAUCACACAAUUCUGGUACAAAAGAAUCCAGUCCAAGAGACAUCUGUGCCUAUUGCAAAAGGGAAACUCAAGAAAAAAUUGUACACCAUACAACGUCUCCGCAUGUAUGUCUUGUUGUAUAUAUGGAAACAUAUUUGAAAAAUCAAAAAGUUUAUGCUCUUCUCCAGCUGUCCAUAAAAAAUUCACAGAGGUUUGUCACAAUUAUUCAAAGAGUUUCUGAACAAUAAGGCUAGAUUUAAAGACUCCAGCCAAGUUCCUGCUUCGACUGCAAGUCUUGUUUGCUUUUCUUUAAGAUCCUAUUGCUCCAAGAAGAGGUCCACCUCCAAAGGGUGUUUUACCAAAGACCAUAGUGUAAGUUUUGAUGACAGAGUUUUACUUCUACCCUAACCACAUGUUCUCAAGACUCCGACAAGAGUUUUUCCUAUCAGGGUCCAAACUUCUACAUCAGAAACCACUGAUGUUCAUCAAAAUUUUAUGUCUUUCAUAACAGAAGGUUUUGUGUCACUGCCAGGCGAUGAUUUAAGUCUACAACCUAUCAAGAUUUUUACGAGACACAGGUGCUUCACAGUACUUACUCUUGUGGGUAUACUUCCCUUGUCUAAAAGUAAGGAUACCGGAAGCAACAUGAUAAAGUUGCAUCACUGAAGUUGGUGUUACCCAGUGUGGUAAACCACAUGGUCCCACCCUCCUACUUUUCAGUACACGCCCCAUGCACCUCACUGAAACUGCCUGCAGUGAUGGCAACCUUUUCUGGAUGCACCCUGCUCUGAUGCUACAAUCUUACCUGGCAAUAUAAUCUGAUGGCCUCCUGCUCAGUAUAGUUACCCCUUGAGGCAACCUACUGUGAUGACACCCUGCUCUGGUGAUAACAAGCUCUAUCUGUUGACACAUUUUUCUGGUGGCAAUUUGCCGCUGCUGUGGCGACACCCUGCUCUGGUGAUAACAUGCUCUAUCUGGUGACACACUGUUCUGGUCACAACCUGACCAUGCACCUGUAUUUUAACUGAGUUAUUUUAAAAAUGGACUUUUCCAUUUGUUGUCACCAUUUGUGCAUCAUCUGGUGUGGACAGCAGCCCUAGUAAUGCUACUGCUUAAAAUAACUUGCGAACAUUUGAAUAUUGUUCAUAAAAUUGUGUUGAGUGCUUUUUAGGAACUUCAUUAAUUGAAAUUUUAGAUUGUGUGAUGCAUUUAGUUCUUCAGAAGAAACUAUCUUGUCAUUAUUUGUUAUAAUUGCUGAAUUAAUUGAAGAAAAAAAUCUAAUUUAUACUUAAAUUAAAAUUUGAAUUACCGGUACUUACAACAUAUAAAAUUGUAGUGUGUUGUUAUCUUCCUCACAGAAUUGUGCUAAGUUCUGUCCUCAAUAAACAAAAAACAAUUUUUUAAAUUUGGAUAAACCAGGGAUGAAUUUAUGGUGCCAAGUGGGCGGUGGUCACAAAAAGUUUGAGGAGCACUGUUCUAAUGAGUCAAAGCUUAAAGCAGAUUAAAUCUGUCAAACCAUGUAAUUGAUUAUAACAUGUGAUACACCUUAGAAAUUCUGAGUGCUAAGAACAGGAUGAAACGUGUGCUGGCUUAUUGCAAGAUCUGAAAAGAGAUUAUUGGAAACAACAGAUAAUUACUACAAAUCUGUUAAUUGGUACAUUUAAAAACGAUAAUCUCAAACAAUUAAACUUGAAGAUGAUAUUAAGAUUUAAAAUGUAACAAAACAUGCCAAUAAUUUCAUCUUUGUUGUAAAGGGUGCAUAAUAUUUAAAAUGUAACAAAACAUGCCAAUAAUUUCAUCUUUGUUGUACCGGGUGCAUAAGAUUUAAAAUGUAACAAAACAUGCCAAUAAUUUCAUCUUUGUUGUACCGGGUGCAUAAGAUUUAAAAUGUAACAAAACAUGCCAAUAAUUUCAUCUUUGUUGUACCGGGUGCAUAAGAUUUAAAACGUAACAAAAUUCAUGCAGAUAAUUUUAGCUGGAGACCCCAAACAACUUGGUCCCAUUCUGAUGUCUCCCUUUGCUAAAAUGUAUGGGCUGGAAUUGUCUUUCCUUGAGCGCCUCAUGCUGAGAGAAGCUUACCAGAGAGAUGAAACCUUUGCUGAACAUGGGGGAUUUAACCCGGCCUUGGUAAGUAUCAGUGCUUGGUUUGUUUAUUCAGAUAUUUUAAGACCAGCUGUAAGCUUAUUUAUUGUUAACCAAAAUUUUUUAUGUUAAUAGUUAAAUCUUUAUAAAAAUUCUUGUUUUUAUUAAAUUUUUAGAAAAAUCCUUUUUUAAAUUUCUUUAGAGAUACAAAUUUUGGCACUGAAAUAAUCAGUGUAGUUUGCCAAUUGUGUUCUGAAAGAAUUUAUAAUAAAUUAUGUAAAUUGUAACUCACAAUGUAAAUUUUUACCUGGCAUUAAAAUAUUUGGUAUCUUUUGGACACAAGCAAGCUUUUAAAUCUAAUGUUUCCAUUUAACAAUUGCAUUAAAACAAAAAUGUAUACACUUUAGUUCUUCCACCUUUAUUAGCAAUAUUAUAUUAUACCAGCAUAUAUGUUUAAUAUUGAGUUGUCUAUGGACAGGUGACUAUGUUGGUCAACAACUACCGCUCACACCCCUCCAUCAUAGAGCUUUCAUCUCACAUGUUUUACUAUGGGCAGCUGAAGCCCCACGCACAUCCCAACCGCACGCACACACUGACGCAUUGGGAGCUGCUUCCCAAAACAGGAUUUCCUGUAAUUUUCCAUGGAGUAAGAGUACGUGAACAAAAACUUUUUAACCUAAACAUUAUAAUAUUUUCAAAGAAUUUACAUUGUAUUUUCAUGUAUGCGUUUUGUUGGUGAGUUCUUGGUCAGUCCUGGUUUUUCUCUCAGUAAAGUAACUCUGGCUGAGAUCCAUCUGGUCUAGACACUGUUAGGUGAUUUGGGUGUUGAGACCAACUUAUUAUUAGAUUAGAUUCAGAGUAAAAGAAUAGUGUAAAAGCUGUGAUAAGUAUUUAGAUGAUUAGAGUCAAAGGAUUGGUUUUGUUUCCAGUGAGUAACCUUUGUUACGUCUCUGAAAAUAUUCAUUUUGGGUAUGUGGUGUGUAUUCUUUUAUUUAAUUAUAUUUCAUCAUUGGCUUGGAGGGUGAGUUGGAAUGCUUUAUGCUUUGUCAUUCAUCACAUAUGAAUUGCACCCUCCCCGUUCAUUGCCACCAAGACCAGGCAAAGAUAUUUGUGAGUGGAAUCCUAUUAAAUUGGUCUGUUGAACCAGUUCUACGUGUGGUUGUGCUAAAUAACUGGUGCCAGUCCCUGAACCCACCACAAACUUUAGGCUCAUUGCUUUUAAGUAACCAGUUAGUUAGCUUUUGUAAAGAAAACACCAAAUCAAAAGCCUCGUGCUUGAGUCUGUUGUCCUUUUAUUGAGCAGACUUUGUAGAAAACACAAUAAUUCAAAGAAGGUCAGAUUUAAUUAACGUUUCAACAAGAAAUAAAAAGGUAAUAAUGUAUAAUUUAAAAAAAAUUGUUUAAAGUUAAAGUGUCUAAGAUGAAAAUUUUUCUUUUCAAUGACAAGGGUGAAGACUUUCGAGAGAAGAACAGCCCUUCUUGGUUUAAUCCAGGGGAAACAAUACAGGUUAUACAGUACCUUCAAGGUGUGCUCAAGGAAGGUGUCAAUCCAGACGAUGUUGGUAUCAUAACACCUUAUCGGAAACAGGUAAUGGCUUUACGUGUUUGAUUGUUGUUUUAUUUGCAUUCAUUUCUAAAAUAGUAAAAUAGAUGAUAACUUUGAAGAUACAAAGAUGAAAAUGAGAUCUACAUGAUCAUCUAGAUGUACAAAUUGACAUUUGGAUGAUAGAUCUUGCAGUAGACAAAGAAGUAAAUAAUUGAACAAAAACUGUUCUGUGUAUAAUGCCAUUAGUUGUCUAAGUAUUAUAAUUAUAAAAUGAAAGGUUUAUGUUUCAAUGACACCUGACUAUGACUUUCCAAAUAGCAGAUUAGGUUCUUACCUUUUAAUUCUGAACACUUCUGUUUGUUUGUGAUGAUACCAUUGAUUCAAAUGCAAGAUAUUUUAGUUUUUUUUUAUUUUUAAAGUUACCACAGUAUUUGCUUAGAGUCUAGUUAUUUUUACUAAACUGGUAAUGAAACUAAACUUCAAAUAAACUGCUAUUUUUUUUAAUUCUUUUGAUUGGGGACUGGGGCGUUUUAAAAUAAAAGAUUUGAUUUUUCUUCCCAUACAAAUACAACCUAUCUUAACUAAAAGCUUACUGCAAUUACAAGUUAAAUUGCAUAAUAUUAAAAACAGAGACAUAAAAUAUUAUAAAAUAUGCCUAGCAACUGUAACUUAUUAAAAAAAUUUAUAAUUGAAUUUUAGGUGGAGAAAAUUCGACUGAUGAUAGAUCGAUUGGGAAUGCCUGAGGUCAAGAUUGGUUCAGUUGAGGAAUUUCAAGGCCAGGAGUAUCAAGUUGUCAUUAUUUCAACAGUAAGCAAUGAUGCAUCAUUUUUCACUUUAACUACAAUAAUGUUUACAAAGUUAAGGAUGCAAAAUUUCAAUACAUUUUAAGGCUUUGAUAGAAUAUGUCAUUUAUGAAUAUAUUUUAAUUUAUUUUUUAAUUCUUUAAUUUAAGUUCCAGUUGUCCAACUCUUUUUUAAUUUUAUUUUAAAAGGGAUUUUUUGCAAGCAAAAUUUUUCCCAUUUCAUCAUAAAUUUAUUUUAAAAAUUGAUAUUUAAAAAAAAAAUUAAAUUAUUCAUUCAUAUAUUUUUUACAGUAGUACCACCCACCCCCAACCUUUUUUUCAAAAUCAGCUACGGUACUUUGAAAAACAAAAGUAUUAAAAUAAAACAUGUAAAUUGUAGUUUGAAACUUGCUGCAGUAAAAAGUUUUAAUGUACCAGGGAGGCUUUAAUAUUAUUAUUUUCUUAUAUUUAUAUACUUUCUAUUUGAUUCAUAAACCAUAUUAUUUUUGUCCUCUAAAAUCUCUACAGGUUAGGUCCAAUGAAAAACUAAUAGGCUCUGAUAUUCGUCACAGUCUUGGUUUCCUGAGCAAUCCCAAAAGGUUCAAUGUGUCAAUAACAAGAGCCAUCUGCAUGAUGAUUGUCGUAGGGAAUCCGUUAAUUCUAGCCCAAGUUAGUAUUUUAUUUGAAACAAUAUUGGUAAAAUUAAUUCACAAUGUGCGUAUAAGUACCAUGAACAGUAGGAUUUAAAUGACAUUUUUUAAUAAAUGAUUUUUAAGCUGCUGUAACUGUAAUUGCAUUACAAUACUGAUUUUAAUUCAGGUAAAAUAAAACCAUUAAGUUAAAUUGUUUGCAAUCCUAUGUUAGUUUAUAGUCUCUUAUGUGGAAGAAAAUGAAGGAAGUCAUCAUUCAAUAAGACUGAAGCGCUAAAGAUUGCAUUAAAGGCUUUAAAGAAAUCAGGUUCUCAUAUUGUCAUCAUUUUCAUUUUGACAUGAGUUUCCAAAGGACAUUUAGAAUCUGAAGUACAGUAAGAUGUCAAAAUCUGGACAUCGGAGAUCUGGCCCACUGGAAAACCCUGAUAGCCUUAGCAGAAUGUAUUUUUCUAUGGAGCAAUAAUUGCAAUAUGAUUUAAGGGAACUAUAAGACUUUUCCAUUUUUAUUACAUGUUAAAUACCAGUACUUAAUGUUACACACAGGCAUAUCUUAAAGGUUUUGACAUGUAUAUAUUUUUUUUGUUCCUUUAUAGUUUUCCACACAAAAAAUAGCUAUUGCAAGCUAUAUUGAUAUUUUUAAUUUACUGAAAAUAAGAUACUAUGUUUGCUAUCUGAUUAAAAAAUCCAGAUAAGUGCAUAAUCCUUACAGGGUCAAACCAUGAUAUAAUAUGGAAUGCAUACACAAUGCUAAAUAUGUUGUGAAAAUUUACAUCAAAUUUGUGAAAAAAUUAAGUUCUGCUAGUGAAACUCCCAGGAGCAUUAAAUUAAGUUGGACCAAAUUUAACAAUUUGUUGAAACAGUUGUCACAAUGUUUGUCUUUUUACUUUGAAACAUUAAUAUAAGACCUCAGACUCUAUUCUAGCAUGUAUGUUUAGAUUUAAUAAUCUAAACUUUAAUGAUGGCAUCCCUCACAAUUUAAAAAUGUUUUCAGUGUUCUUGUGUUUAACCGGGUGACAUUUUUAUUGCAGGAUCUAAACUGGCGUAUGCUGAUCAAAUAUUGUGUAGAUAAUGGAGGAUACACAGGCUGCGAAUUGCCUGAUCUGAAGGCCAAAAAAUAUCAAACAGAGGAGAUGCAAGAAAUUUUUAAAUCUUAGCUGCCUUUUGAAAAGAAAAAAAAUAGUUUGGAAAGAAUGUCAUUACAUAAAUGUGGAAGGCUGGGCUUGUGGCGUGUGACGUAUAAGAUUUUUCAGCUCACUCUUAUUCUCAUAUAAAUUAAACUGAAAUAAAAAUCACUUUUUAUCUUUUUACUUUGCAAAGUGAAAAAAGCCUGUUAUAUUUUAAGAAAAGUGAUCAUUCAGAUCCAGGGGGAAUUUGGCAAUUUCAGUAUGUGUCUUUAGCGUCGAGGCCAUGGUGAAAUCAUCAUCUCAUAAUAAAGUCAACUUUACCUUUUUGUCACUUUGGAAUGACACGGGGAUUUUUAAUCUAUUAUUUAUCCCAUUAUUUACCAAUGACCACAAAACAGUGAAAUUAAACAAGUUCUUUUUACUAACUUACAAAAAAGAUUAGAUUGUAAUUGUAUUUGUAUUGAGUGUCAGCUGAUUCUUUUUUAUGUUGCCGGUAAUGCUUUCCACUCUAUUUCAAAUUUCUAAGGACAUUCCCCAGAUUUUUAUUUUUUGUUUGGAAAUGUUCUGAAUCUCUUUUAUUUCUAGAUUCAAAGAGUCCAUUUGAAUGCUAUAUUUUGCCAUUCCAUAGUGUAAAAAAUAAAUACUAAUGAACCCUUGUAAUUUUUUUUACUGAGAGGGAAUUUAUGUCUAGUCAUGUUGAUGGAUUUGGUAAUUAACAGUGUGGGUCGUACAACUCUAAAAUGUGAAAUAGUAUUGUAAAAUUUCAACUUUUAAAGAAACGAAAUUAACAAUUUUUUAUUAACUCAUCAAUCAGUGAAUUGCACUGUAUUUGAUAUUAUUAGUUCUAUUUUUUAAUGUUCGUUAAUUUUUAUUGUAAUUUUAAUUCAGUAAACCGGUG